AUUUAUUUGAUAUUUUAAACCGACAUAAUGAAGGCAAAGAUUAUUAAUUUCUGUUUACUUUCAGUAUUCAGGAUAUAUUGUAUUAUAUUUCAGGUUCUUGCAACAUUGUAACUGACUUUCCUACUUUUCCAUGUAUUAUGUUCUGUAUUGCUUUUGCUUAUUUAUAAUUAAUUUUAUUUAGUCUUUCAUUGUUUUCUCUUUGGUUUUUCUGUUCAAAUUAACAGCUGGGUAGCAAGCAUUUAAAAAAAACCUGUGAAAGUAAUUUGAGUCACCUUGAAGCAAAUGGAUAGCAAAUCAAAUAAGCAAAUAAAUUCUAACCCAUGGAAAUUAAAAAUCAAGACAUUUCAAGUAGUGAGAUAACUAAGGGUUUGUUGAAGAGACAUAUCUUGAUGACUUUUCUAAAGGCUGAAAGGGUUGGAUCCAACUUCAGCUCUGAGAAAAUGAAUUCUGUAGCCUGAGACUAUUACAAGAGAAGGCCUUUGCUUCAUAUCUAGUAAAUGAAUAAAAUAAGGGGCAUCUGCAAAAUAGCCUUUUUUGCAGAUGUUAGUGCUUGUAAAGUUUGUGUCAGGAAACUUUACAACCAGGAAACACCCUGGUUAGAGCUUUAGAGAUUAACACUAGCACUCGUACUUAGAACACAAUUGGCAACUAGUGAAUUUCUUUCUAUGUGGUCAUAACACUGAUAAUACUUGACUCUGAAUCAGCCAAGUGAGGCUAUCCAAGGUUCUAUCCCAGUGCCUGGGGACUGUGCAAGUUUGGAUGGGGAGGAACUAUUUCCAAAUAAGUGGCAUGGAUAUUUGGGCCAUCCAGAUCUGACCAUAUUGUUUUGUACUGAUCUUUGUUUUUGAAUGUUUUUAACAAUUGUAAACUGCAGAGAGUCACUGGGAAUUGGGCAACAUAUAAAUUUAAUUUAUUAUUAAUGUGAUUCCAUUACUAGGCACUGGUUGAUAAACUUCCUGCUAAGUUUUGUAUUGACUGAGCUUUCUGGAUACUUUUUAAAGGAUGUAUACAUGGCUUUGCAAGGAUUUUCUUUCAAGACUGAAGAUAUUGAAGAAGCUAUGAAUAAUACUAUCUUGUAUGGUGGUGACCUACAUUCUGCACUUGACUGGCUGUGUUUAAACCUAUCUGAUGAUGCAUUGCCUGAAGGUUUCAGUCAGCAAUUUGGUGAAGAACAACAAAAAACUAGAGCUAAAUUUCGUUCUCCUUUGCCAAAAUCUGAAACUCCUCAGGUGCUAAACAAUAAAAGGAAGGAAGAUGAUGAGGAGAAAAAGGUAACCACAGGAAAACAAAAAAGUAUCAGUAUGAAGGAACGAAUCUUGUUGUAUGCAGAGCAGCAGAGGGCUGAGGAAGAAAAUGAGUCUCUGAAAAAUUCAGAGGAAGAAAAAUUUGACCCAAAUGAAAGAUAUUUACAUUUGGCUGAGAAGCUUGUGGAAAAGAAAGAACUAGCAAGAUCCUCUAAAGAAGAAAAAAACAAGCAGGGUCAAAAGAUGGCGCAAGAAAAAAUAAGACGUAUUCAACAAGAAAUGGCAACAUUGGAAGACCACCCUUUGUUCAAUCCCAAUAUAAAAGUCACAGACCAGCCAAGUGAAAAGAAAAAGAAUCCUGUAUUUCUUGAAAAAGGUGGAGCCUUGAAUUUGAACAUGCUUGAGAAAUCACAAAAUCCUCCUCCAGAAGAACAAAAAGUGAAAAAGAAAGAUCCUCAGGAUGUAAGGAAUUUUGAUUAUACAGCUCGAAGCUGGACUGGAAAAUCUCCCAAACAGUUCUUGAUUGACUGGUGCAGAAAGCAUUAUCCCAAGUCCCCAAAUCCUUCUUUUGAAAAAGUUCCAUCAGGAAGAUAUUGGAAAAGUAGGGUAAGAGUUAUCAAGUCAGCUGAAGAUACAUUGGUGGUAUGUCCCACAAUCGUUACAGAAGAUAGUAUGCAGGCUCAACAUCUGGCUGCUACGUUAGCUCUGUAUCAUUUGACAAAAGGGCAGUCGGUGCAUCAGUUACUUCCUCCUACAUACAGAGAUAUUUGGUUAGAAUGGACUGAUACUGAAAAGAAAAAAGAAGACGAAAACAAGAUGGAAACCAACAAGCCUCGUGACCAGUUCAUUGCCAGACUGCUGAACAAGCUGAAGCAGCAGCAGCCACAACAGCAAUUUGAAGGCAAGGCCAAACUUUCAGAAGAUGCAGAAGACUCUUGGGAGAACUUAAUUUCUGAAGAGGACUUUAAUGGGCUUUCUCUUGAGACCUCAUUUACAGAUGAUUUAGAACCUGUGAGAGCUCUCUUUAAAAAACAACAGAAUUCUUCCAGAUACCAAAGACUUUUAAAGGAGAGAGAGCAACUACCUGUGUUUAAAUAUAAACAUACCCUUAUAGAAACAUUAAAAAAGCAUCGAGUUGUGGUUGUGGCUGGGGAAACAGGUAGUGGUAAAAGCACUCAAGUUCCACAUUUCUUGUUAGAAGAUUUGCUACAUAAUGAACAAAAUUUGAAUAAAUGCAAUAUUGUUUGCACCCAACCACGGAGGAUCUCAGCAGUGAGCUUGGCAACUAGAGUUUGUGAAGAACUGGGCUGUGAAAAUGGACCUGGUGGAAGAAAUUCCUUGUGUGGCUAUCAAAUCCGUAUGGAAUCGCGAACAGGAGAAGCCACUAGACUGCUUUAUUGUACAACUGGAGUUCUUCUCCGGAAAUUGCAAGAAGAUGUUCUUCUUUCUAAUGUGUCUCAUGUUAUUGUAGAUGAGGUUCACGAAAGAAGUGUUCAAUCAGAUUUCUUGCUAAUUAUCUUGAGGGAAAUCUUGCACAAGCGUUCAGAUCUCCAUCUCAUUUUGAUGAGUGCCACAGUUGAUAGUGAAAAAUUCUCCAGUUAUUUCACUCACUGUCCCAUACUAAGAAUUUCAGGAAGGAGUUACCCUGUAGAGGUUUUUCAUGUUGAAGAUAUAAUAGAGGAAACUGGCUUUGUUCUUGAAAAAGAUUCUGAAUAUUGUCAGAAAUUUUUGGAAGAAGAGGAGGAAAUAACUGUAAAUGUUACUAGCAAAGGAGGAGGAAUAACAAAAUAUCAGGAAAGUGUUCCAGUUCAGGCUGCAUCUGGUAUUGAGCUAGGACCAUAUUACCAAAAAUACAGCAGUCGAACUCGGGAAGCCAUAUACUGUAUGAAUCCCUACAAGAUCAACUUUGACCUCAUACUGGAGUUACUUGCAUUUUUAGACAAAAGUCCCCAAUUCAAAAAUAUGGAAGGAGCCGUCUUGAUCUUUCUACCAGGCCUUGCACAUAUACAGCAGUUGUAUGAUCUCAUUUUGACUGACAGAAGAUUUGAUCUAAGACAGAGGCACCAGUUAAUAGCAUUGCAUUCUAUUCUGUCCACUCAAGAGCAAGCAUCUGCAUUUACAUUGCCUCCUUCUGGUGUUAGAAAGAUUGUUUUGGCCACCAAUAUAGCUGAAACAGGUAUUACUAUACCUGAUGUUGUUUUUGUAAUUGAUGCUGGAAGAACAAAGGAAAACAGGUACCAUGAAAGUAGUCAGAUGAGCUCAUUGGAAGAGACUUUUGUCAGUAAAGCUAGUGCACUACAACGUCAGGGGCGAGCAGGGCGUGUCAGAGAUGGAUUUUGCUUUCGACUAUAUACCCGAGACAGAUUUGAAAGUUUUCUAGAAUAUUCUGUUCCAGAAAUAUUGCGAGUUCCCUUGGAAGAACUGUGUCUUCACAUCAUGAAAUGCAAUCUUGGUUCUCCUGAAGAAUUCCUCUCCAAGGCAUUAGACCCACCUCAGUCUCAAAUUGUUGCCAAAGCCAUGUAUCUUCUAAGGAAAAUUGGGGCUUGUGAAUUAAGUGAGCCCAAACUGACUCCUCUAGGCCAACAUCUUGCAGCCUUGCCAGUAAAUGUAAAGAUUGGUAAAAUGCUUAUAUUUGGUGCUAUUUUUGGCUGCUUGGAUCCAGUGGCAACUCUUGCAGCUGUAAUGACUGAAAAGUCUCCUUUUACUACCCCAAUUGGAAGAAAAGAUGAAGCAGACCUGGCAAAAUCUUUUUUGGCAUUGGCCAGUUCAGACCAUUUGACAAUUUACAAGGCAUAUCUGGGAUGGAAGAAAGCCCGCUCUGAAGGAGGUUAUCGUGCUGAAAUGACUUAUUGUAGGAGAAAUUUUCUGAACAGAACUUCACUACUAACACUUGAGGAUGUAAAACAGGAACUUAUCAGAGUGGUUCAGGCAGCGGGGUUUGCUGCACCCUCAUCUCGUCACGAAGGAAUACAUUCUUUGUCACUACAAGAAAUGGUUCUCCUUAAAGCUGUGCUAACUGCAGGGCUGUAUGACAAUGUGGGGAAGAUAAUGUACACCAAGUCUGUGGAUGUUACAGAGAAAUUAGCAUGCAUGGCAGAGACGGCUCAGGGUAAAGCACAGGUGCACCCUUCUUCUGUAAACAGGGAUCUGCAAACCUAUGGAUGGCUGCUAUAUCAAGAGAAAAUUAGAUAUGCCAGAGUGUUCUUGAAAGAGACCAGCUUAAUUUCCCCCUUUCCAAUAUUACUUUUUGGUGGAGAUAUAGAAGUGCUGCAUCGUGAACGCCUUUUAUCAGUUGAUGGCUGGAUCCAUUUUCAGGCCCCUGUAAAAAUUGCAGUAAUUUUCAAGCAACUGAGAGCGCUCAUUGAGUCUGUUUUAAAGCAAAAGCUUGAAAACCCUAAAAUGACCCUUGAAGAUGACAAAAUUUUGAACAUCAUCAAAGAACUGAUAAAAACAGAAAACGCUGUCUGAUAGUUCAAAGCCACAGAAGUUGGAAGAAGAAAAAUAUGACUGAAGAAUGUGCUUGUUUAAAGAAAACAAUGCAAUCAGCAUUAGGAUGCUGAACCUUCCACAUACAUUCUGUCAUUAUUCUGCAAGAAAUAAGAUUGCCUUGUAAAACUGAUAAUAAAAACUCUUGAACAGUGGGUAUUCAAAUUUAAAUAAUGGCAACCAUGGAGAUGGUUUCAGUAUAAAAAUGAGAAUUGUUUUUUUAUUUUGUCAUAAAGCAUAUCUUGAUUAUGCUUUCAGUUGUAAGAUUUCAGCAUAGAUUUCUGUUCUUUUAAAGAAAGUACACAAUUGAGGAACCAGAAUCUUUCUUUGCCAAAAUGCAUGAAUAGAUUAGAUAAUUAUUAAGCAAAAUUUUAUCUGUGUCAUUCUAAGAAUUUUUUUAUUUUCAUUCAUUACCCAAAUGAUUACUUGCAAAAGACAUAGUACAGAUUAGUAGUGCCAGGAGAUAUGUGUCUUUGGUAUUUCUAAAUGUUUGAUGUACAAAUAUUUGCUUGAAGACCCAGAUUGUUUUUAGUAUGCAUGCUUCUAUAGAUUGAGAUUCUCUGUUUGAAUUCAGUAUUAUAAAACUAGAAGAAAUAUUACAUCUUUUUUUUAAAAGGCAACAUACCACCUCAAAUAUUUAGAAACUUUCUUCUUUAUAUAAAGAAACUAUAUAGAAAAAGAAAAAUUAUGCAUACCACCUUUUAUAUGCCUUUUUGUACACAUACGUCUCAUAGGAGUUUCAACUUGAUUCAUACUCAAAACACGUUUGCUUUCCUCUAUCAUAUAUAAUGCUAUUUUCACUUUAAAAUUUGCAACACAUCUUAGCAUCAGGCACAAAAUUUAAAACUAAAACAGGCGAAUAAAUAUCUUACACUCAGCUGAGUUUCUACAAAUUAUUGUCCAAAUAAAGAACCUAAGUGUGCAACGACACCACAUUGUGUUCCACCAACCAUAAUUGGUGUUAUCAAAUUUGAUGUAUUAAAAAUACUGUGUCCUAUAUGAACUGAAACUUAUCAAGUGAUGAAAGAAUCAAGCUAGUUAAGAAAUGUAAAGUCAUGUACUUCAAUAUGAGUAUAAUUUUAAUAUUAAAAAUAAAAAUCAUUCCUAUUUAGAUAUUAUCCUUAAUAAAUUGUGAUGUCAGAUUAGGAUUUCACUUUUUUCUUAGUAUUUAAGAUCAAUUAGAGCAAAGUGUUUUAUUACAAAUGUACAUACUGUAAAAAGGCUUUAGAAAUUUGUUUAAUACUAUAUAAUAAAAAUGUGAUGCUUUCUUUUCAUCAA